AAAUUUAACAUUUUUUUGGUAAUUAGAUUUAACAUUUUGAUUGACAAUAUUGACUGAAAUAAUGGGAAUGAAAAAUCUAAGGAUUAAUUUGUCAAUUUUUAUUAUUUUUAAUUGACACGCCAACUUCUUAACGGUUAAAACUUAAAAGUAAUCGUUAAGUGUCACAUAUGAUGAAUUUAAGAAAAUAAUCACACUUUGACAAAUUCCGUUAAAUCCGAGGUAGAGAGAUAUCCAUCUCUCUCACGGUUAGGUGGUACUUUCACCUGAAACAACCACCACCUUCAACUUCUUAACGAUUACAAGUAAUCGAUAAGUGUCACAUAGGAUGAAGUUACGAAAAUAAAUAAUCAGUAACUAACAAUAAAAUCGCCGUGGAUGGGUAACCAAAAAAAAGAGAAAAUUAUCUGUCCAUGACAAAAUUGAAAAGUAAUAAACUUUGUGACUAAUUUAGCAAAACACUCACUCUGUUACAAAUUCCGUUAAAGCCGAGGUAGAGAGAUAUCUUUCUCUGUUGGUUAAGUGAUACUUUCACCUGAAACAACCACCACCAAACCUCUCUUCUCUUACCUCACUCACUCAGAACCGCCGCCUGCAACAGUAAGAUCCUUUACCCUAACAGGCAAAAAGAAAAACCAACAUCAGAAAGAAAGCAUUCCUGCAGAAGAACCAUCAACCAAAAAAAGAAGCCAUGGACACGGACGGCAGGGCUUUGAGCAUAUACAGAGCCGCCAGAACCAUCAAGCGGAAAGACAACUCCCUCUACAACGCCCUCCGCUCCAUCUACGAGGACUCCAUCUUCGUCGGCGAGAUCUCCCAGCUGUGGCCGGAGCUCCCUCUCCUCGCCAAUCUCCGCUGCGGCCUCUGGUACUCCCGCGGCUUCGCCGCCACGUGUUACUUCAAAUCCACCGACGGCCACACCAACAAUUGCUCCUUCUCCACCGCUCGCCUCAACCUCCAUGUCGCCGCCCUCGCCGGGCAGAAAGGAGGAUGUAUGAUUGUUGAUUCAACCAGAAAAGGGAAGAGAUUUCCCGAUAGCAUGUCGAAGACCAUCCCAAUCUGGACUUGCGUCUUGAAUCGAGCUAUUCGCAAUUACGUCUGCAGAGUGCAGAGUGAGGCAGAGGAGAAGGGUGAAACUGCUGAUGUGGAAUGUACAGCUUCUCUUGAUUGGGAUUGUUCUUUGCACCUCCCACUUUGGGUUCCCGGAACAGAAAAGGCCGCCAUUGAGGAGCGAAUAGACGAAUGGGUUGAACAAUUGGAAGCCAGUGGUGCUGACAUUGCUUCUCUUGCUUCCUGCCUGAAAAAGCCCUUAAGGCCGCUUUGGGUAUCUCAAAAAACCGUCAUAUGGCUCAACGAAGUACCUGAUCACGAUUCAUGGGACUUCACGGCUGUCAUGCUUGUUUCAGCGUCAGCCCAAAAUGGUGUUUUCCAGCAGCACCGGACUACCUCGGAGUUCAGCUGGAACUAUAUACCGGGAGCUGGAGACGAUGAGGAGAGUUGGGCUAGGGGUCUCUCCCCGGGUCUCUUCUGGAACCACGCUUAUGAUAUUAUAGGUUCCGGUCCUGAAAUGUGCAACCAAAAGGUUGCUGAGAUAGUUGAGAAGGACAGAGUUUAUAGAGCGCAAAGAGGACAGGACGCUCCCCAAAUCUGUCUCAAGAAUCCAAAGGCAUCGGGUGACACAGAUCGGUGUAGUUCUUGUACUUCUAUUGAUUCGCCGGGAGGGGAUUCUAUGGCAGUGUUUCGGAUUGGUUUCACAAAUGUUGCAGUCGGAAGUAUUCAGCAUGCCGCAAGUGUCCCGGAUGUUGAUUGCAUAUUGAAUUGUGAUGAAGCACAUGUACAUGGCCGUGUUGCGAAUACCGAAGAUUAUUUGCAUCUUCCUAUGGUGAGCUCGAAAUGGGACCGCUUUUCCUUGUCAAACAAUCUGCCUGCGGCUGUGAACUUUGCGAAGGCACAUCUUAACAAAGGGCGCAGUCUGUUAGUCUGCUGCCAGAAUGGGGAAGACAUAAGCGUCUGUGUUUGUCUGGCGAUUGUGACAUCACUAUUCGACGAAGAAGGGUACUUCGAUGAUGGGAUGUCGUUCGCCCAGAAGGGCAUCACCAAAUGGGAAAUGCGGCGGAGGCUGGUGUUCCUCUGCAAAUACGCGGUCACUGCGCGGCCAUCCAGAGGGAAUUUGAAGCAGGUGUAUGGUUUUCUUUCACAAGGGAGAGCUGCUUCUUCAGAUUUUGAUUGAAACGAUUGCUUGAUCAAAUAGGAUAGAGGGGUACUUGUGGAUGGAUUCCCAGUGCCCAUUGCUGAUUUUCUAGUCACUUAAUUGCCUGCGUCAGUACUAGUUUUGUUACCCUUCUUUUUCAUUUUGCAGAUUUUUUUCAUUUUGCAGAUUUAUUAUUCUUAUUUGCAGCCAACUCCAGUGGUCUUCCCCCUCUUGACUAGGGCUGCAAAUGAGGCUCCCCUCUUGGCUAGGGCUGCAAAUGAGGCUCGCUCGGCCUUGUUAAUAGAUGAGUCAAGCUUGUUUAUUAACGAGUUGAGUUUGAAAAGGACAUUUUUUACUAAAAAUUUGGCUCGUGUUUGAUACAUUCAUUUUCUAGGUCGUGCACGGAUGAUACAUGUGAUUGAUAUUGAUGGUCAAAUAUGAGUUAUAAACCCAGUGGCGGAGCCACUUGUUGAGAAGAGGGGUCCUAGGACCCCAGUUGGAAAAAAAUGGGGUAAUCAAAUCCUUUGGAUACGUAGGGUUUUGUAUAAUCUUUUAAAUAUAGGACCUCAUACUCUCGUUGAUGUUAGCUCACCUAAUGACACCAAUCGACUCAAAGUUUAUAACAUACACAGACUUUAGUUCUUUGAAAAUUUUAAGGACCCUAAGAUUAUCUACAAUUAAUCUUAAUCCUUAGUUGGUUAACAUGCUUAAGUAUGUCUCACUUUGAUUAAUCACACGUCACAUCAAUUAAUCGUGCCUAGUUUUGCACAGUAGCCACAUAAGCGUUAUAAGUGCCUAAUUGUUUGCUUAGAGUCUAAGCGAGGUAUUUUGUCACUACCUAAUGCUUAGACGCGCCUAGACGUAUUUAGAAUUACUCCUUCUUGAACCUUGGUAUUAUUAUACAAUCAUCUCCCUUGUUCAACACACUGCACACCCUUGAACAGAUACUUGCUAUAGGAGACAAGAAAACAUUAUUCAUGUGAAUUGAAACACACAACUCACAAUAUAGAUAGACGAUGCAACGACAUAAAGUGUCAAUCCACUACAGAAGUGGUUUUUUUUUACAAAGGGCAAAGAUUUUCCAUUACUUGUGGCACAAGUCAAAGGUUAUAGGAGAGGGGCAACAACAUCAAGAAUCUGAAUCCAUUCAUUAGGAAGCUGUACUACAGAAGUGGUUGAUGUUAGGAAAUUAUAUUUCCUAUAUGGAUAUGGGCUACAUAUUUUAAUAAUUAUAUACCUAUUUGAUCAAGUGGACUAAUUGUAAGUGAUCCAUAUUAGGAGCCCAAAGAUAUCUUGUAUGUGAUAUGGACCUAAAUGAGUGGAAACCCAAUACUUACAUCUAUGGUUUUAUGAGAGCCCAUAGUUGUGAGUAUAUAAGGAACUUCAAGGUUAUGGUACCCAAUACACCAAGAGCAAACACUCUUCUUCUCUGCCAUUGGGAAGAUGAGAGAAUCCCGUAAUGGAACUGAGGAGGCUUGGUUGAGGAAGGUCACAGAACCUCCUGGAUCGUGCUCUAUGAGUAUCGUCCAAUUCCAUAUCGUCUUCCAGAUUCUGCAUCGAGUUUUUGGCGAUCAACAACAUGAUUCCAGGUAUUUCUAAUUUUCUACAAAACCUUUGAUAACAAGAUGAAUUUUCAGAGAAUUACAAAUGUUAAAAGUAAUUCCAACAGUUGAAAGGUCUUAGAAAUUAAACUUAGCUCGGGUCUAGAAUUCUUCUAAAACGUUUUUGUAUUCUUAUAAGGAGAUAUCCAUCAUCAAAAACAACAAACUCCAUACCUCGUGAACACCAGACAAACUCACGAUAGCAGUUUGACGGGUACAAUAGCCUUGUCGAAUGUCGAUGGCCAGUAACCACUACAGAGAUAACACAAACCUAACGACUAUCGAGAUUCGAACCCCAAAACUUUGAACUUUAAGUACCCAUCUCACCACCCUUGAUGAUUUCCAACGUGGUUUUCCACGAGCCUUUUAACUAAUUGUUAUCGUUUGAUGUGAAUUAGUGUAGUGGGUUAACAUCAUUUUUAAUGAUAUUGUCCUGUUUUUUUUUUAGGUACGCCGCAGGCGCAAGACUGGUCUCCUUUCCAAUGUACAGAUUCCUUAAAAUGUUUUUUUGGUUUUAGGAUUUUACUGUUUAAAGUUCAAUGCAUAUUAAGCAUAAGGCGUACAAUGAUAAUUAAACAAGUUAAACGAUGCACGUGCGUUAAUUAGAUGAAUAGACUAUCCCAGUAGACAUACGCGGUCGUCGCACUCUUCGAAUUAGGUCAUAAUCAAAGCUAUAAAAGAAUAGUAAUUAAUCACCUAAAAAUGAUACUUACUGCACACAUGCAAACUAAAUUUGAAUAGUUAAUUGCUCCACUAAUCAAUUGACUCUUUUUGUGGCUUAUCUACGUGGCAGUCUUGACCUGGUGAUCGAUGGCUCUCCACCUAAUCUACCUAAUUAAGAUCUGACUGUCAU